UGGACCUGGGCGGCGGGGGUGCGGCCCCCAGGCCCCCUGCAGCCUGUGUUUGACGAGGCAGCGCCCCGCAGCGUGUCCAGCCUGACAGGCGGCACCGCCUACCUGCACUGUGUGGUGCACCACCUGGGCGGCGGCAGCGUGUCGUGGAUCAGGCGGCGGGACCUGCACAUCCUGACGGUGGGCACGUACACGUACACCACGGACCAGCGCUUCGAGGUGGUGCACGCCGCCGCGUCAAGGGACUGGAUCCUCAAACUUCGCUACGCGCAGGAGCGAGACUCUGGGCUGUACGACUGCCAAGUGUCCCGCCGACCCGUGCUGACCUACAGUGUGCGUCUCAGCGUGUACGCUCCACGCGCCAGCAUCGUGGGCGCCCCAGACAUGCACGUGGACAGAGGCUCCACCAUCAACCUCACCUGUACCGUCAGUCACACCCCGGAGCCUCCCGCCUACAUCUUCUGGUACCAUAACGGCCAGGUGGUGAACUACGAGUCCCCGCGGGGCGGCGUGACGGUGGUGACGGAGCGCGGCAACGUCACACGGGGCUUCCUACUGAUCCAGGACGCGCGGCCCUCAGACUCCGGCAACUACACGUGCGCGCCCUCCAACACCGCGCCCUCCCGGCUGCGCGUGCACGUGCUCAACGGUGAGACUCCAGCAGCCAUGCAGACAAACGGAGGAGGUCGAGUGGCGGAGACCUCCCUGGGAUUCCCGAGGGCAAGUAUCCCUCUUCUGGCGACGAUUAACCUUAUACUGACGGCGACGCUGACGGGGGAGGGACCUGGUGGCCUUUCCCGAGGCAUGGGUACGUGAACAUCUUGUCUGAACACCUUGCCUUGUGUCCUGCUAGAGUGGAUAUGUGGAUAGGUGGAUAGGUGGUGACUUACAGCGAGAUCUGAGUGAUGGUGAAACAGGAGACGCUAAAAGUGAAAGAAGAAGACGAAAACAAAGGAAUAACGAUAAGAGUACGUGACAGGAGGAAGGAAAAGUAAUGCGUGGUAAACUCCUAACUGAGAGGAAAGGUGAGAAAGGCAAGGAUUUCUGGAACUAAAAUUUUUCUGUGGAUCGGCGAAGGAAAGAAAAGUCUGUGUACCAGGAAAAAAUAUGAGGGAGGAGGAAAGUGUGAGAAAAGUUAUCAGUUUUCAACAGUACGUGGAGACAAAAGCGAAAGAGAACAUAUGUAACCUGUGUGCGUGUCUGUGUAUCUUUGUGUGUGUGUGUGUGUGUGUGUGUGUGUGUGUGUGUGUGUGUGUGUGUGUGUGUGUGUGUGUGUGUGUGUAGUAAAUUUAGAAUCUCGACUGUCAGUAACUUUUCCGUGUCCCAAACAAACUGGUCCCCAACGAGUCGCGGUCCGAGGUGGUGUUGCGGGGACAUAAUGCAAUCGAGGAGAAAGUUAACAGCAGGUCAGCAAGUUCACACACACACAGGAGGAGAGCAAAGAGAGAGAGAAAGAGAGGAAAAUAAAAUGGUGUUGCUACUGAUUCCUAAAUAAAAGAUGGUUUGCUUGGAGUUUCCGCAUCUGUACUUUCUCUACUACUACUACUACUACUACUACUACUACUACUACUACUGUUACUUUUGUUGCUGCCACUACACCACCACCACUACUACUACUACUACUACUACCACUACAAAACUAUUACUACUACUAUUUUCACCACAAUCACUACUACUACUACUACUACUACUGCUACCACCACCACCGCUACUACUACCAUUACUAUUACUACUACCACCACCACCACUACCACGAAUACCAAAAGCAGUGCUACAAUGUCCACCUACCAGACACUACAUACAUGUAAUACACAAUGUAACUGUGUACGUGUGUAUUUCUCGAAGGAGUACCCCCAUGUAUGCAUUAGCCGCGUGCACAUGGGAGAAACGUACAUGUGUAUCCAGUGCGCCGUCAUGUACGUAUUCAAGUGCCUUGUAAAUAUAUGAAUGUGUCCCUUGUGUACAAAUACUCGUGUGUACAUAAAAUAAAAGGAAUUUUCGUCUAUUUUAAGGCUUUGCAUACACACACACACACACACACACACACACACACAUUGAUACACAAAUGCAGAAUACAGAUCAUGCAAUAUUAAAACGGUCGAUAUUUCUUGUGUGUGUGUGUGUGUGUGUGUGUGUGUGUGUGUGUGUGUGUGUGUGUGUGUGUGUGUGUGUGUGUGUGUGUGUGUGUGUGUGUGUGUGUGUGUGUGUGUGUGUCCAAUUUCUAUGUAUUGAGGUAAUAUUCUUACUAUGUACAGUGAAUGCAAACGAGAGAGAGAGAGAGAGAGAGAGAGAGAGAGAGAGAGAGAGAGAGAGAGAGAGAGAGAGAGAGAGAGAGAGAGAGAGAGAGAGAGAGGGGAGAGCAGGCAAUAGAAAACGGAAUGCUGACGUGAGUGGAAGCUAAAGUGAAAAAAGAAGAAAGUCAGUGAAAAAUUGAAUGAUAAAAGGCAAACAGAAUGUGAAACGAGGAAGAGAGAACACACAGGAAGAUAAACACGCCAGUAAAUCAAAUGAAAGACAAACAGAAAACGGAAGCAAAAUGACAAACACUAAAAUGAAUCAACGUAAGAAACAAAGGAAAACAUUCUCUCUCUCUCUCUCCCAUUUUCUACGCCAGGGAUCACUAUUAUAAAAAAAAGACGAAAGAAAACAGUAUUAACUCUUAAGAGAAAAUAAUUACUAUACGUAUAUGCACGGUAAAGAUGUUGACUGUAUUAUUAUUCUUUUUGUAUUGUAAAUAAAAACAUGUAA